UGGGGCGGGCGGAGCGCGGCCGGCGGCGGCGCGGAGCGGAGAGGGGGAGCUGAGCGGCGGGAGGAUGCUGAAGAGCUGCGGGAGGAAGCUGCUCCUGUCCCUCGUGGGCUCCAUGUUCACCUGCCUGCUGGUGCUCAUGGUGGAGCCGCCGGGGAGGCCGGGGCUGGCCCGGGGGGAGGCCGGCGGGGCGCAGCGGGCGCUGCAGAGCCUGGGGGCGGCGGCGGCCGCCCCCCCGGCGGCGCAGGGUCCCCCCGGUCUCCGCAGCUUCGCCGAUUACUUCGGGCGGCUGAGCCGAGCCCGGCGGGAGCUGCCCGCCGCCCCCCCGAGCCCCCCGCGGCCGCCGGCCGAGGACAUCUCCCCCCGCGAUGUCUUCAUCGCCGUCAAGACCACCAAGAAGUUCCACAAGGCGCGGCUGGAGCUGCUGCUCGACACCUGGAUCUCCCGCAACCGUGACAUGACCUUCAUCUUCACGGAUGGCGAGGAUGAGGAGCUGAAGAAGCAAGCACAAAACGUCAUCAACACCAACUGCUCGGCCGCCCACAGCCGGCAGGCCCUCUCCUGCAAGAUGGCCGUGGAGUACGACAAGUUCAUCGAGUCUGGCAGAAAGUGGUUCUGCCAUGUGGACGAUGACAACUACGUGAACGUGCGGACGCUGGUGAAGCUGCUCUCCAGCUACCCCCACACGCAGGACAUCUACAUCGGGAAGCCCAGCCUGGACCGGCCCAUCCAGGCGACGGAGAGGAUCAGCGAGAACAAGAUGCACCCUGUGCAUUUCUGGUUUGCCACGGGAGGAGCGGGGUUUUGUAUCAGCCGGGGGCUGGCGCUGAAGAUGAGCCCGUGGGCCAGCGGGGGCCACUUCAUGAGCACGGCGGAGAAGAUCCGCCUGCCCGACGACUGCACCAUUGGCUACAUCAUUGAGUCUGUGCUGGGGGUGAAGCUCAUCCGCAGCAACCUCUUCCACUCACACCUGGAGAACCUCCACCAGGUGCCCAAGACGGAGAUCCACAAACAGGUGACACUAAGCUACGGCAUGUUCGAAAACAAGCGCAACUCCAUCCACAUGAAGGGAGCCUUCUCCGUCGAGGAGGACCCAUCCAGGUUCCGCUCCGUGCACUGCCUGCUGUACCCCGACACGCCGUGGUGCCCCGCCAACGUGGUUUACUAGGAGACGCGUGUCCCCUCCAACCUCGUCCCAAAUUUCCCCGGUAUCCGACGGGCGUGCGGGACCUGCGUGCGGGUGUUGUCAGUCCGGCCUCGCCGCGAGGCGGACGGUCGGAGACGUCGUUGCUGUGGUAUUGCACAGUGUGUGUGUACUGAAGGCUGCUGUGCGGCCCCUUGUCCCCUGCCCUGCCUGCCCCGCUGCCCGUGCCCGCUGCCCGCUCCGUCCGGGACGGCGGGGAGGGGACGGGUCCUGAGCACUUAACCGCUGGGCACCCCACGGCGCCGGCGAGCCCCACGCCAUGUGUGGGGAGCGACCGUGGGCGCUGCGUGGCUCUGCCUCCCCCAGGCUUGCUUCUCCUUUUUUUGUUUUGUUUUGGUUGGUUUUUUGGUUUGUUUUUUUUUUUUUCCUUUUAAAUGUUAAGUGUUUUUUGCUGUGUGCCUCCGUCACCCCCCUCACCCGCCCCGUCCUCUCUCCCAGCCCCAAAAUCUCAGCAGCGAAGCUCCAGCUCCCGAUGGGGAUGAUGAAGGGUCAGCGGGGCGUCCCGCUGCCCGGCUCGGUGGGCAGGGGGGGCCUCCCCGCCACGGCUGACGCUGCUCCAGGGCGCUGCGAAGCUGCCGGGUGCUGGGGGGCCGCACUGGAGGGGGACGGGGGGGUGGGCUGCGAGCCGGUGUUGGCGUGAGUGCCGUUUCCCGGAGCUCCCCUCCUCUGGCUAAACUGUUGCUGGCGGCAUCGAUCUAUGCACUAUUUAUAGAGACUAAUGUAAAGAUUUUCUAUAAAUACAGGGUGGGGGGGGGUGGGAGGAGGAUUUUCCCGGAGCCGCCGGCACAGUGUGGGUGCUGUGUUUGUAGUCUCCCUCCAGUGCUGCCCCCCCGCCUGCUCGCCGGCCCGCGCCUUUGCGAAGGAGCACUUUGGGGGCUGCGUGGGUGUCCGUGUCCCCCCCCGCCGUGGGGCCGGAGCAUCUUCCAUCCAUCCCUGGCUCGGCGGCGGGGGACGCUGCAGUGGCCGGAGCACCCAAGAGGUGCCCGGACGGAUGGACACCCACCGUGGGCAGGCGGCGUUUCCCAGCCUGGCCCUUGCUCCCCGCCGAUGUAGCCGGGGAGGGAGAAGGAUUCAACAUCCCCCCACCUGCCACCCUGCCUGCCCCCCCCAGCCCUGUGCCCCUGGGAUAAGCAGGCUGAGCCGGAGCUGAACAUUUCCAACCCGAAGCUGAGUGAAAAUAGCCCAUAAUGGGUGCGUUGUAAAUAUGUUAUUGCGCCAGUAUUUUUUUUACUGUGCCUCUUUUUUAAAAAAAAAAAAAAAAAAACAAAAAAAAACAACAAAAAAAACCCCAAACAAAAACCAUUGAGAAUUAUGUAGAUUUUAAAAUGCUUUUUAUACGUUUUCUGUGGAUCGGAAAAAAAAAACCCAACCCCAACCUUCUGAUAAUCUGUUUAAGAAAGAAAAAAAAAAAAUUUGCGAUGUCUUGUAACUAUCACUUACCUUAAUUUAUGUGUUCCAGUAUCUGGAACGUCACUCUGUGCUUUUUAUAACUAGGAUGCGUUUAAAGCAAUAGAUGUGGGAUGGGGAACGAGCAUGGACAGCGUGUUCUCAGGGACUUGAACCCGAUCGCUGCCACGGGGUCCCCGUGGGAGCCGUCACCAAUAAAGCAGCUUUUUUGCUGACCACAGUCACCUGG